AUGGCGAGCGACAGCUCUUCGUUCUCAAUACAUAGCAUUUUGAAUCGAGGGUUUGAGUCUCAGAGAAAUAAUCGAGUCUCACAGGAAUACAGAGACGGAUUUGUGAAGGCAGAGCUGCUCGGGAGGGUCGAAGGGAUCAGCUGCUGUCCCGGAUCCACUCAUCAGUGCCGGGAUGGGAAUGCAGAGGAUGGGAGCAGGAAUGGAAGCAUGGUGUACGGACACAGCAGGGUCGCUCCCUGUGCGCUCGACCUUGACACAUCAUCGGAUAGACAGUCCUGUGGAGAGGAGUCUACAGGAGAGGAGACAUUACAGGCAGAAAACAGACAAAAUCUUGAUGUGCAGGUUCCAGAUUUGGAGCUGGAGAAGAGGGAGAGCUGUGCUUUUCCUGAUCAUCACCCGAAAGCCAGUAAGAAGCGGUGCCGCGCCGCGUUCUCGCACGCGCAGGUGUGUGAGCUGGAGCGCCGCUUUAACCUGCAGCGCUACCUGUCCGGUCCCGAGCGCGCGCACCUGGCGGGAGCGCUCAAGCUCACCGAGACUCAGGUGAAGAUCUGGUUCCAGAACCGCAGAUACAAAACGAAACGGCGACAGAUGGCGGCCGAGCUCGCGGCUACCUCGGCGUCCACGCUGGCCAAGCGAGUGGCGGUAAGAGUGCUCGUCAAGGACGACCAGAGGCAGUACGGAGCGGAGGAUUUCCUCCCACCUCACUAUCUGCGCCUGUACCAGUCAUACCAGUGCUGCCCUUACAUGUACUGCCUUCAGCCCUGGAUGUCAAACAGCCCGCUCAAUACAAACCUGUACUGAGUACUGACCCCUUCCUCUGCUUCACACGGCUCUUUUUUUUUAUUCUGAAAGAUUGCAGGA